GGGGGGGUCUGUGUGUGGGUCUGUGUGUGGGUCUGUGUUUGGGGGGGGUGUUUGCCUGAGACAAGCCAGGGGCAAACCAGGACCAUGGUGUCAUCUAGGACCAUAACCAUCAUGGCUCUCUCAGUGGCCUUGGGUCUAUUCUUUGUCUUCAUGGGGACCAUCAAACUGACCCCACGGUUGAGCAGAGAUGCCUACAACGAGAUGAGAAGAGCAUACAAAGAGUAUGCCAAGGCUUUGCCAAUGCUAAAGAAGAUGGGUGUCACUUCUAUCUUGCUGAGGAAGAUCACUGGAACGCUGGAGGUGGCAUGUGGUAUCGUCUUGACUUUGGUACCCGGCAGGCCAAAGGAUGUAGCUAACUUUAUCCUCCUGCUGGUGAUGUUAGCCGUGCUGUUCUUCCACCAGCUUGUGGGUGACCCAUUGAAACGCUACGCCCACGCCCUAGUCUUUGGUAUCCUCCUCACCUGUCGGCUGCUAAUUGUGCGGCAAGUGGAGGAGAAAGACAAAGAAAUCCCACCAACAGCGGCAGAGGUUGACGGUGAAGCACAGCCUGCACAUGAGCAGGACAGAGGGAAACUGAAGCUCUCGUAACUCAGACUCUUGAAAUGAGUAUUGUACUCAGGUUGCCUAAGGCCCAACAACUUCCACAGUUAUGCACCAGAAACUUUGUCACACAAACUGUACUUUGCUGAUAUUUGUUUGGAGUGAAUUAUUUGUCGUUCAUGACCUUUAUUGAAGAAUUUCAUAGUCUGUAAUAAAUCACACAGUCCCAACAGUUACUAAUAACACACACAAUCCUAAAACCAGUGGAUUACCAAGCACUGACUGUAACAGGUUGGAAAAGACCAUUAUAUCUGGCCAAUCCCAUUUUCAAAGGCUAUUGCUUUCUCUCGCACACCAUCGUAAAGCAGUUCCGUACCCUCUGAAAAUUGUAAACACCAUCUGUCUUCACUGCAUUCUGCAUAAAUCCACACAUCCCCACCCUCUCUAAAAUAACUACAUCUGUUCAGUUACCUUCUACCAUUGAGACCACAAAUCCCUACUUCUGGUGUACUUGACUAUCUCAAACAUAGACUCUAUUGGACCUGGCUUUUUAUCACUCUAACAUCUCCAAUGACAGGAUGUCCCUGACUCAACACAAAAUCAAUACUCCAGUUAGGACUAGAACAGUAGCUUGCACAAGCCCAUUAACACAGCCUGACAGCAACAGUCAAACAUAGGCUGACAUUAACUAUUCCAGGGUUCUCACUUGCAACCCAUAUUUGCCCUCACAUCAGGUAUUCCUUCCGGUUCUUCCAUACCCACCAGUUCUUCCAAUCGUUUUAUAAGCAUCAUUUGUAAGCGCUUUGAAGAGUCUCAGUGACGUGAUAAGACUCUAUAUCAAAGUGCAAGGAUUUUUAUAUUAUAAACGAGAUCAACUUGCAUUUAUAUUAACGCCCUUCAUACAGUUAACAUCUUGGAACGCUUUAUAGACAGUUGUCACAGUGGCCUAACAAGCUCUACUUUCUCAGCAUUCUCAUUAUGAAAUCAAAACACAUUGCACCAUAACGCAUUCUUUACUAGGACCUGGAAACUACGGGACAUCUUACUUCUAUCGGUCUUUCUUUCCUCCUACGAUGUAAAGGUUUUUGUAAAACAACCUUAGCAUCACCGAACCACUGCUUAAUUAAUCUUGCCUUCUCUCUUUGACUGCAGCCAUGGAUACCUGCACUAGAGAUCUUGUUCCUUCACUGAGCUUGCUUAUUACAAUAAUAUAAUUAUUAUUU